AUGCGUUAUACGUGCUCGGUGGCCUUCCUACUGAGCUACUUAACAUGUAUGAUCGUUGCAGCCGAGAAAACGCCCAAGUAUGAAUAUCAUGGCAUGAGGAAGUUCCUCACCCGGCCGGACAUCGAAGUACCAACCUGGAAAGUCUCAGUCUACGACGAAGCCAAAGUCGCGCCCGGACACUGGUUCGUCGCGCCCUACGAGGUCAACGGCAACAAGAAGCCCGGCGGCUCGUGGAUUGGCCCGCACAUCUUCGACAGCACCGGCGAGCUCGUAUGGAGUGGCUCGCAUAUGUUUAAGAGGAUCAAUGUGAUGGAUUUUGGGGUCAUGGAUGUGGGUGGCGAAGAUCUGCUUUCGUUGUCUUAUGCUGUGGAAGGGAGAGGAUAUAUCCUCGAUAAGCAGUACAAGGUCAAGCAGACCGUGGUCGAGGGCAUGACUGGCAAGACGUACAACAUGCAUGACUUUCACACGGUGGAGAAUGGCAGCCACUUCUUGUACCUGCAAAGGAACAUCACGCACGCAUCCGCGCAGCUCGCCAAACAGGAUCUUGGGUACGACGGAGAAUGCAGUGUCACAUUCCCCGGCUUUGAGGAGCGAGAUGUGAAGACGGGAGAAGUGCUGUUCAAAUGGGACGCCACCGGCAAGAUACCACUGUCCGACAGCACUUUGACGCAUGGGCCGGUAGAGAACAGGUGUACGGGAGGAGCAUGGGACUACCUUCAUUCGAACGCGAUCGACAAGCUCCCAGACGGCCACUACCUCCUCUCCACCCGCCACUCCGACACCAUCUACAAAAUCUCCGCCGACGACGGCUCCAUCCUCUGGCGCCUCCACGGCCUCGGAGGCGACCGCUCAGACUUCGCCAUGGGCGAUCUCAAAUUCUCCCGCCAGCACGACGUGCGGUUCCGCGAGCACAACGUGACACACCUCAUCAUAUCUUUCCUUGAUAAUGCUACUGGAGCGGAUCCGCAGCCUGCGACACAUGAGUGGUCGCGGGGAUUAUUGAUUGCGGUGAGUGAGAGGGAUAUGACGGCGGCGGUGAUUGCGAGUUAUGAUCACCCGCAGCAUGGGAAGAGUUAUCGGAGGGGGAGCUAUCAGCCCCUGCCGAAUGGCAAUGUUUUUAUGGGCUGGUCCGAGCAAGCACUGCACUCCGAGCAUACACCGGACGGCAAGAUCGUCAUGGAGGCAGUGCUUACAGAGCACAAACUUGGAACCUACCGCUCCUUCAAAUUCCCCUUCACCGCCGACCCCCAAUACCCCCCCGACAUCUACGCCAACGCUUCCACCUUCGCCAGUAUAACCCAAACCUCCGUCUACGCCAGCUGGAACGGUGCCACCGAAGUAGCGAGCUGGAGACUUUCCAAAACCGACAAGAAAGGCGAAAAGUCUUUGCCACUCACCAUCAUGCCGCGCUCCGGAUUCGAGACCCUAAUUACGUAUGAUGGCUACGCCAAGUACGUCGUCGUUGAAGCUCUGGAUAUCAACGGCCGCUCCCUGCAUACGUCGGAUGUGGCGAAGACUGUGGCGUCGAAGAAUCUCGAUCCCGACGCUGUUGCGGAAGAGCAGCAGUGGCUGCAUCCUGAAAGCUCGUCGGCGUCGGCAGGGUCGUCUUUGAGGGGCUUUGGUGUGUUUACUGGCGGUCUCUUCUGCGGCGUGGCGCUGCUUUGGGGCGCGCUGUUCUGGAAACGGAGGCGGGAGCGCAGAAGGCCGAGGUAUGAGCGUGUGGCUGGGGAGGAAGAGGAUGAGACGAAGAUGGAUGAGCUCUCGCAUCGCUAA